AUGGAUAAUAAGGAGAAUGAAAAGUAGGCUAAAUUAAAGGAAUUUUAAAGAAGAUUUCCAAAUUAUAUGAAUGGUAAGAAAGUUAUAUUUCCAAUAAUGGAUGAGAUAAUAGUUCAAUUUUCAUAAAUAUUUCCAUAAAGUAAUCAAUUUGGAAAGAUGAGAGAAGGGAAUGUAAUUAAAACAUUUUCUCCUAUUCCUUUAAAUCAAUAAAUUGAAAUUACAACUUUCAUAAAUGCUUUUCCAUAUAAUUAGUAAUUUGCAGCUAUGUCAGAUAGCUAAAAUUAGUUUUAAUUACUUCUUUCCCCUUUAUUAAAGUUAACAGGACAUUUGAUAAAAGACUAUCAUACUAAUGCUACAUUUUCAAAUAGUUUUUAAUAUUCAACCUUUGAUACUCAAGAAUAGUCAGAUCGUAUUAAUUUCAAAUUGACUGCUUUUAUUAUUGAGGAUAUAUUUAAGUAUAAAAUGGGUUUAUUAAAACCAAUAGACAUAGCUAAAUAAAGAUAAGUUUAGGAUGAAAUAAAAAAGAAGGGGAAUAAACCUUAAAAAAUGAGUUUAUUGUCAAUGGUAGAAAAAUAAUAAUAAUAAGAAGAAGAAAAAGACUUAAAUUAAGAUUUAACAUUAUAAAGUUAGAAAUAUGAAUUUGAAAAUUAUUUAGAUCCAACUUGCUAAUCUUUUUGGAAAAUAGCUUAUGAAUCAUUUAAUAAAAUAAUAAAAAAAUCAUAAAGAACAAAAUUAUAGGAUAUGGAUAUAGAGUAAGAUUCAGAUGAAUAACCAGAAAUGAUUUAAAAUACAAAUAAUUAAAAAGGAAAUUUAAAUUAAGAAAGUUUAGAAAUGAGAAGAUAAUAAAUAAUUAGUAAAUAUUAAUAACUCAGUAAAUUAAAGGAUUAAAAUAAGAAGAAAAGUAAAAUAACAAAAUAAUAUUCACAGAUUAAAUCAUUNUAUUUAGAUUAAAAAAAAUUAUUCAAAAUUUGGCAUUACAUUAAUCAAAAAAAUUUAAUGAUUUUUUUUAAUUAAAAAAUGGAGUAUUGA